GUACGUCUAAUUUACGCAAAGUCCGGCUUUUAUCUCAAAUCCACCAAUCCUAUGGCUGACGAUAGUAUCCAUGGCUUUUUUGCAGUCUUUUCUAAGUCGAUGGAAAAUGUACAAGUGAACGUGGCCUGGAUACCCGAGUACUUAAUAGACCCUAAAGAUAUCGACCUCUUUUUACAGUUAGAUGGUGAUGUAGCCUCCGAACAUGGAUUUCCAUCUAUCGGGCUCAAUUUAGGUCAAGGGGAGACAAUGAUCAUCGGUUUAAGUCAUAUUCACUCGCUCUAUAUCUGUCCGCCUUCUAUCCAUGCACAGGGAUCCAUCGUCAUCACAUCCAAGUCCGGUGAUGUCCUGAAACCUAUUUGGUUCUCAACCACCACCGUCAAUGAUUUGCAGUCAGAUAUCAAUGCUUGGCCUGGGUAUGAUAUCAUUGAUGUCUUGAACGCUUUUAUUCCAUUAAGACCUUCAGAUACACAAUAUGUUCAUUUGGUAAAAAAUGAUACAGUUUCUUCACCAGUACCUAAAGCUGCUGAAGAAGAUCCAGUGACCAAAGCUAUUCAUAAUGCAAGAUGGACUUUAUUGGAACGUUUAGCAAAGAUUACCCAGUAUUCCAAAGACGCAGCUCAAGCACUCACUCAACCCAUUGCCUUAUCCAUGCAAGCAUUCAGUCGAAGCAGGACAGUGAAUGAAUACCAGAUGGCAUCACAUUAUAUAGCACGAUGGGGAAAUAAGUCCGAACCUGAAUAUUAUCUUAUGGAUGAUACCGAUGGACUUUUACUAGGCAUGCCAGAACUCUCUGGGCCCACCCCAAUUCACACACGACGAAGUCCCGUUUCACCCGAAGAAUGGAUUUUGUUAUUUGAUGAUGAAGGACGAUUAAAUGUACCCGUAGACCAUGUACGACAGAUUGUCUUUUCCGGUGGUUUGGAUUCAGAUAUUCGUAUUGAAGCAUGGAAAUUUUUGUUAGGGAUUUAUACUUGGCAUUCGACGUUUGAUGAACGAGAAGCGAUACGACGUAGUCAAAAGGAGUCGUAUUAUGCUAUCAAGGCUACUUGGUUUGAUGAUACUGAAAUUCGUGACACCACCGAAUUUAAGGAUGAAAAACAUCGUAUUGACAAAGAUGUACAUCGAACGGAUAGAGAACAGGAGGCCUUUGAAGGAGAGGAUUUACCGAACCCGGAUCCUGCCAUGUGUGUAGGCACCAAUGCUAACUUGGAAAUCAUGAAGGAUAUCUUGGUCACUUACAACUUUUAUAACAUCGAUCUGGGUUAUGUGCAAGGUAUGUCGGAUAUUUUGGCACCCUUGUUUGUGGCCAUGGGAGAUGAAGCUAUGGCCUUUUGGGGUUUUUGUUCCUUUAUGGAUCGUGUGCAAGGCAAUUUUUAUGUGGAUCAAACAGGCAUGCACGGUUUACUCAAUACCUUGAAGGAUCUGAUCCGGUUUAUGGAUCCAACCUUGUAUCAACAUUUAGAAAAAAUACAAGCACAUGAAAUGUUCUUUUGCUUUCGUUGGUUUCUUGUUUGGUUUAAAAGAGAGUUUGCUUGGGAUCAAGUCAUUCGUCUUUGGGAAGUUCUUUGGACCAAUCAUUUAUCCGAUCAGUUCAUCAUCUUUAUCGCAUUAGCCGUCAUUGAUACACACCGACAUACCAUGUUGACGGAAAUCAAUGAACUGGAUGAAAUGUUACAGUUUUUUAUCGGAUUGUCCGACAAUAUUCCGUUGGAACCCACUUUAGAAAGGGCAGAGGUCUUAUUCUAUCAAUUUGAAAGAAAAAUCAAGGCAAUGCAACACAAGUCUGCCAUAUUAAAGGAUCAAUUACAGAUUAGAUCUGUAUGGAAUAGCGAUCAAAGAGUCUUGAUACAGGAGCGUAUUACCAAAUUGCAGAUUCCUAAUCAUAUAAUAAAGUUGCUGUCUCAUUAA